AUGGCUUCUGUUCCUGAAUUCUCCCACCAUUAUUCAUUCUCUCAGUUCCAAAAUCCGUUGCUAAUUCCCCAAGAAAACUGCAUUGAUGGUAUCGGUGGUGCUAUUCCCAGCUCUGGAGAAGAAAUAAGUUUCCCGAUGUUUCUGGACAACGGUGGGGUUGAUGUUUUCCAACAGGAACCUAAUAAUCUUACACCUUCAGUCCCAACAGCUGUUUUGCCUGACAUUGAUGGCGGAUAUCCAUUGCAAGAUGUCGGUGAUGAGUUUGGAGAGGAAUGUAAUAGGAUUCUUCAUCAGAACAUCAAGCCAGUUGAACCAAAUAUGGGGGAAAACUGGGGGGUUCAAGGCAACCCAACGCAGGACAAUAACCUUAAGGCUGUUCGGUAUUCUGUUGAAGAAAGGAAAGACAGAAUUCUCAGAUAUCUGAGGAAGAGAAAUCGAAGAAAUUUUAACAAGACAAUUAAGUAUGCUUGCCGAAAAAGAGUAGCUGACAGGAGGGUCAGAGUUCGAGGAAGAUUCGCAAGGAACAGCAUUCAACUAUGUGAAGAUGAAAUGGUAAUGAGAAACGAAGACGACGACAACACUUCACCUAUUCACAAAAACUUGAUUGACUGUGAAGCUGUUCAGCAUGACGAGCUCGAUGACUGGCUGCAAGAGGCUAUGACAAAUCUUAUAUUUUUACCUGAUAUUGCUGCCUCCCCCCCCCCCUUUUUAGUUUUUCUGGGUUUAUUUUUCUGUUCAUCUUUUGCUCCUAAUUCAGAUGAACAUAUUCGGUUUACAACGGUGAUAGUUGUAGGAACAAUGCCUUCCUCUUCAUUUGCUUCGCUUGUCAAUUUGAGAACCAUUAAUGCUACUUCUUUCAUUAGUUAUUUCCCUGAACCGGUUUCGUCAUCUUACUAUUCUUGUGUUAGAAGAGUUUCGUUGUCUAAGAGGAGUUUUUGUAGGAAAUGUAAGUGUAAAUACUCUGUGGCACCCACGGAUUUUGUUGCUGAGGCAAAUAAUGCUUCUUCCUCUUCUUAUAAAGAUAGUGAUGCUGAAAUUGCUCUUAAACCUGCCCCCAAGCCGGUUUUAAUGUCCGAAGGGGCAAAAAACUAUAAGGGUUUGUCUUGGAAUGGUGAAUUGAGCGAGGGUGAGGACAGGGAUAAAGAAGAGAAUGAGAGGAGUAAAGUGAUUGAGUCUUUAGGUGAAGUAUUGGAGAAAGCUGAGAAAUUGGAAACUUCAAAUGUAAAUGUUAAUGUCGAUGUGAAUAAAGGCAAAUUGAGUGGUAAUGGUGGUGUUUCGGGCAGUGGUAAAAAGACUAAGACUUUGAAAAGUGUGUGGAGGAAAGGGGAUAGUGUUGGGACUGUGCAAAAGGUUGUUAAAGAGUCUCCUAAGGUUAAUACUAAUGAUAAUAAAGGAGGGGAGGGGAAGGUGGAGUCUCAAGGUGGAAGUGGUGCGGCGCCUUUGAGACCUCCACAACCACCUUUAAGACCUCAACCUAAGUUACAAUCUAAGCCAUCUGUAGCGCACCCUCCUGUGGUGAAGAAGCCGGUUAUCUUGAAAGAUGUUGGGGCAGGUAGAAAGUCAGAGUCUGAUCCAGAUGGGAAAAGUAAAGAAAGAAAGCCUAUUCUGAUUGAUAAAUUUGCAUCAAAGAAGCCUGUGGUUGACCCUGUCAUUGCUCAAGCUGUUUUAGCUCCUACAAAGCCAGCGAAGGGCCCUGCCCCUGGAAAGUUUAAGGAUGAUUAUCGGAAGAAAAAUAUUUCUCCAGGAGGACCUAGGAGGCGCAUUAUUAGUGAUGAUGAUCUUGAAAUUCCUGAUGAGGAGACAUCAGAGUUGAAUGUGUCAAUACCUGGUGCUGUAACUGCAAGGAAAGGGCGGAAAUGGAGUAAAGCUAGAAGGAAGGCAGCCAGAAUACAAGCUGCCAAAGAGGCAGCACCUGUUAAAGUAGAGAUUUUGGAAGUUGGAGAAAAAGGCAUGUCGGUAGAGGAGUUAGCGUACAAUUUGGCCAUUGGUGAGGGGGAAAUCCUUGGAUCUCUGUACUCCAAGGGGAUUAAACCAGAUGGAGUGCAAACUUUGGACAAAGACAUUGUUAAGAUGGUGUGUAAGGAGUACGAGGUUGAAGUCAUAGAUGCUGACCCUGUUAAGGUAGAAGAAAUGGCAAAAAAGAAGGAAAUUUUCGAUGAAGAUGACCUAGACAAGCUACAAGACAGACCUCCUGUUCUCACUAUAAUGGGUCAUGUUGACCAUGGGAAGACAACUCUUCUGGAUUAUAUUCGUAAAAGCAAGAUUGCUGAUGCAGAAGCAGGUAGUAUAACUCAAGGAAUUGGAGCAUACAAAGUUUCAGUAACUGUAGAUGGCAAGUUACAACCAUGUGUUUUCCUUGAUACUCCUGGGCAUGAGGCUUUUGGAGCAAUGAGAGCUCGUGGGGCACGUGUUACUGACAUUGUGGUCAUUGUGGUGGCUGCUGAUGAUGGGAUUCGUCCUCAAACAAACGAGGCCAUAGCCCAUGCCAAAGCAGCUGGAGUACCAUUUGUCAUUGCCAUAAAUAAGAUAGAUAAAGAUGGAGCUAACCCAGAAAGAGUCAUGCAAGAGCUUUCAUCAAUUGGUCUAAUGCCAGAAGAUUGGGGUGGUGACAUCCCUAUGGUUCAGAUCAGUGCUCUUAAAGGGCAGAAUGUAGAUGAUCUGUUGGAGACUGUAAUGCUAGUUGCUGAGUUACAAGAGUUAAAGGCUAAUCCUGAUCGAAAUGCAAAAGGCACUGUGAUCGAGGCAGGUUUUGAUAAGUCCAAGGGACCCGUAGCUAGUUUUAUUGUGCAGAAUGGAACCCUUAAAAGAGGUGACGUAGUUGUUUGUGGAGAAGCCUUUGGAAAGGUGCGUGCUUUGUUUGAUGAUAGCGGAAACCGUAUUGAUGAGGCCGGACCCUCCAUACCUGUACAGGUCAUUGGUUUGAAUAAUGUUCCAGUUGCUGGUGAUGAAUUUGAGGUUGUUGAUUCCCUUGAUGUUGCACGUGAAAAGGCAGAGGCAUGUGCAGAGUUGUUGCGAAAUGAACGUAUGUCAGCCAAGUCUGGGGAUGGAAAGGUUACUCUUUCUUCUUUAGCUUCUGCGGUGUCAGCUGGAAAGCUUUCUGGGUUAGACUUGCACCAGCUAAAUAUUAUCUUGAAGGUUGAUUUACAGGGAUCCAUAGAGGCUGUCAGACAAGCAUUGCAGGUGCUCCCACAAUACAAUGUCACUUUGAAGUUUCUCUUGGAAGCAACAGGAGAUGUAAGCACCAGUGAUGUCGAUCUUGCAGUUGCUAGCAAAGCCAUUAUUUUCGGAUUUAUUGUGGAGACACUAGGUUCGGUCAAAAGCUAUGCAGAAAAUAAAGGUGUUGAGGUUCGCCUAUAUAGAAUUAUCUACGAACUUGUUGACGAUGUAAGGAAUGCAAUGGAAGGACUUCUCGAGCCUGUUGAGGAAAAAGUACCAAUUGGCUCUGCAGAGGUUCGGGCUGUUUUCAGUAGUGGCAGUGGUCGUGUUGCUGGAUGUAUGGUAACAGAGGGAAAGGUGGUGAAUGGUUGUGGCAUCCGUGUCAUUCGAAAUGGUCGCACAGUCCAUGUUGGUGUUCUUGAUUCAUUGCGAAGGGUUAAGGAAGUUGUUAAAGAGGUAAAUGCUGGUUUGGAGUGCGGUAUGGGAAUGGAUGAUUUCGAUGAAUGGCAGGAAGGAGAUAUUCUUGAAGCCUUCAACGCAGUCCAAAAGAAGCGAACACUUGAAGAGGCAUCUGCUUCAAUGGCAGCUGCUCUUGAAGGGGUAGGAGCCGAGUUAUAGAACGACACAGGGUGCAAAACCGGAUAUUUGGUUUUCACGACACAAUCAAAUUUGCAUGAAAGAGGCAAACCAACUUGUAGUUACUCUACUGCUGCUUUGGCCAUUGCUUAACGUGCGUGAUAUAAGAGUUUUCGCCACAAAAUUUAUAUACGAGCACAGUGCGUCAAGGUUUCUGGGUUGCAGGUUUUGUUCAUUGUUGUUUCCUUAUUUAAUUUUAUAUUUUGCUGUAUAUAUUAAGAUCCCAUUCCAGCUUUGCAUUUGAAAAGACUGGGCAGUUAGUUACAUAUUCCACAGGAUUCAAUGUAGAAAAUACAUUGCAUCAUUUACCCAAAAUGGGGGGGGGGGGAAGCAAUAUAGUGGGAUAGUGCUUUGAAA